AUGGACGAUCUCUUUCUAGAGAGAAUCGAGAUUUCUGGUCCAACAUUGGCGUCCCUGCUCCAACGAGUUUCUUCCUCUCCCGGUGACGUCGAUGGAUUGAUCUUCGGCCAAAUCCACCGAAUCGUCCCUUCUAAUCUAUCCGACGAUUCGCCGGCGGAAUCGAGUUCCUCCUCUGAUCAGCUUAUCGCCACCGUUACAAGCUUUAUCUGCUCUGGUAAGACUGUCUCCUUCUAUGAUCCGCUUGGCCGAGUCAAUCCGCGUCGAAUCGACUACCUCCGAGUCGACUCGCCGGACCAUCUGAUUGGCUGGUUCUCCGCUCGUAGGAAAACCUCUAAUCGUCCUUCAAUGCGAGAGUUAGCCGUCUCAUCAUCUCUCUCAUCUCAAUUUCACUUACCAAUCGAGGACUCAGAAAACCCUAAAUCGACGAACAUGGCUUCCUCUGUGUUCUUCCUUCUUACUACGCCAUUGGCGGAUCAGUUAAUCCACACUCACGAGUACCGUUCGUUUCAGUUCCGUUCCUCGAACCAGCGGCUCGAACCGAGAUCCGUUGGGAUAGUCAACAUCGGACCGGCUUUUCGCGGCCAUUACGGUUCGUUUAGUCCGAAAUCGGGAUUUCCGCCAUUGGUCUGCGAGUUGAGAAGGUCUGCCAUGAGCGUGGAUUACGAUGAGGGGUCCUUAAGUGCGAAGAAACAAGCGGGGAAGGAUCAGAAGGAGAUCGAUGCGUUAGCAGAUGGAUUACAUGUGGGAGACCUGAGACGUUUGGUUGGAGCUGAAGCUGCGAACUAUACAGGAGGGAUUGAAGAAAUGUAUGAGAAAAUGUUGGCUAAGGUCGAGAGCUUGGCUUCGGAUGUUGAGAGGAGCUCGGCUAUGAUAUAUGCACAGGAUAAACGAAAUAGGAAGUUGAGAUACCGAGCUGCUAGAAUCGAGCGAUGA